CCUCCACCGAGCUCCGAAGCCAUUCUCAAGCUUCUGGUUCAUCAAUGUAUAGAUCGACAUUACGGAGAGUAUCCAUGACCAAUACGGAUCACCUUACAGAGAAUCAAUGACUAGGUCAUGUGUCCAUCUGCAGAUCCGUUAUCUACGCAAACAGAGCAAACACAACGGCGCAGUACGGUUAUCAGCGGUGGCCAUGUGACGUCGAGGCCGAGGCCAACCGCCUUCUCCGCAUUCUCCAGGAAUUCGAGGGACGCUGGGUAGAUCGCCAGCUCCCUGGCUUGAACACGCCGCGUAAUCUCUCCUUUUUUAUCAAAGCAUUAUCUUUUCACUGUUUUGCACUGCAUAGGGAUAUACAUAAUGAUCUUAUUAGCCGAUUCUCGUACCUUGUAUCGCUCUUUAUUGUCUUCAGCAAAGAUACCUCGUCGAUGGGGUAGUUCCAUAUCGCAGCGUCCGGGCUCUGAUAGAGUUCGGUUUCCCGGCGCCGUCAAUAGCAAAUUCACCACCGACAUGGAAUUCAUCAAUCCGACCGAAGUGUCUCAUAUCCCCACUUAUCGAGUCAUGGACUCCGAUGGAGUGCUGGUUGACAAGACACGCAAACCCCUCGACAUACCCAAGGAGCAAAUACUGGAGUGGUACAAGAAUAUGUUAACGGUGAGCGUCAUGGACGUCAUCAUGUUCGAGGCUCAAAGACAAGGCCGGUUGAGUUUCUACAUGGUUUCCGCCGGAGAAGAGGGCAUAAGCGUGGGUUCUGCCGCUGCAUUGACUCCUGACGACGUCGUUUUUGCGCAAUACCGUGAGACGGGAGUAUUCCAGCAGCGUGGAUUCACCUUGAAGAACUUCAUGAGCCAGCUCUUUGCCAACCAACAUGACAAUAGCCGAGGCCGUAACAUGCCGGUUCAUUAUGGUCAGAAUUAUCCGCGAAUUCACACAAUUUCCUCACCUCUUGCCACCCAGAUACCGCAAGCCUCAGGCGCGGCGUAUGCUCUGAAGUUGCAAACACUACAAAACCCUGAUAUUCCACCCCGGGUUGUCGCCUGCUAUUUUGGCGAAGGUGCUGCCAGUGAAGGCGAUUUCCAUGCGGGUCUCAACAUCGCCGCAACCAGAUCCUGUCCCGUUGUUUUCAUUUGUCGCAACAAUGGGUACGCUAUCUCGACUCCAACUCUGGAGCAGUAUCGCGGUGACGGCAUUGCAAGUCGUGGCAUCGGUUAUGGGAUUGACACGAUCCGUGUUGACGGAAAUGACAUAUUCGCGGUCUAUGAAGCAAUGCGCGAGGCACGGCGGAUUGCACUAAGCGACGGGGGCAAGCCAGUUCUUAUCGAGGCGAUGAGCUACCGCGUCUCCCAUCACAGCACCAGUGACGACAGCUUUGCUUAUCGCGCCCGCGUUGAAGUUGAAGACUGGAAACGCCGCGAUAAUCCCAUCAUCCGUCUGCGCAAGUGGUUGGAGAAUGAAGGGCACUGGAACGAAGAUAUUGAGCGAGACACGCGCGAUCAGCUCCGCAAGGACGUUCUCAAGGAGUUCGGCGAGGCGGAGCGUGAGUUGAAACCACCACUCCGGUCCGCAUUUGAGGGGGUGUAUGAGGAGGUCACCGAGGAAGUACAAGAGCAGAUGCAAGAUCUCAAGCGGAUAAUAGAGACCUAUCCCGAGGAGUACGACAUCCGUCAGUUCAAGGAUGGGAUCAACGGACUGUGAUGUGGGUUUCGAUUGAAGAUUUAUGAGAUACUUGAUAAUACAUCUAGACGAACAAACAAACAACUCGAAGGCCCAGCCUUUUGUAAGAUCCUGCAAACCAGUGAAGGAAGAUGGCUCGGGACACGAAUCCCUCGUAUUCGAGAAUAGUAGCCUCAUGAUCG